AUGUCUGCUACGCACAACCAACUUAAACUGACGGCGAUGCUGCUGUCAACAUCAAAAGCUACUGCUGGUACAAAUCACCGUGGGGACGGUUUAGUGGCGGCGCUGCCAAUACUCACAAAGUAUGCUAAGAUUCAGCCAGCUGUUGCUAUUAAACCAAAGCCUUCCGGCGUCACCAGUAUACACAAAUCCUCGUUCAACCCACAGUAUGACCCUCAGACAUCCGCGUCAGCGUUUUUUUCAGAUGACCCGGGCUCGAAUAUCAACGUUCUGCGUAAAUGGGUAUUGCCCGCCAGACCAAGACCAGGACGAAAGCCAGUAAGCAGUACGCCCCCAGCAGCCGCAUCAGCGGCAGCACUAGCUGUGGAAGACCACUGUGGAUUGGCUAAGAAACGCUUCAAAGGUCCAAAGAAUGGACAGGUCCCCGACAUCAUUUCGCUGCCUUCUUCAACCGGUGCAGGUUCGCCGGGAUCGGUGGCCAUGAGCCCAAGCUAUUCUAACACUUCGGUCAAUACUAGUAGAGCUACAAUUUCUAGCUACAAUGGUACCAAUACCCCUGGUGUUGAUGAACUACUAGCAAAGUCAACUUCUAUGGAUACUACAAUAAAACCAGCGUCUAAGCAGGUAACUGCGUUACAAGAAGCAUACUUGGCCAAACUUAAAGAACAGGAGCUCAUUCAGAACUACAUAGAGACGCUUCUGAACCAAAUUAAAGAGUUUCGCUUUGUGCAAAGUGGAAUGAUUACAGCCGACGCGCUCAAUUCCAUAAAUAACAGCGACGAAAAAAAAACAAGCUCACUGCGGUCACCAGACCAGUUGGACCAUAUUAGCAAUGUGAGGGAUCUAGAUAAGUUCCUUGCCCACCUGACGACUCAAAGUAACAUUAUACACAGUGUCACUAAAAAGUACAUUGACGAGGGAACAGGAUCCCGCAACCCGGUGAGGCUGCAAAUCGAGCACUACUUACAACUUCGAAAGCUACAUCAGGAUAAGUCUUGCGCUCGUGCGCCUUCAAAACACAGCGCUAGCAGUAGAUCAAUACCACAUCCAAGCUCAGACAUAACUACCCUCGGUGCCGAGCCGCUAAUAUCAGAUUUGGAUAUAAAUUCUGAUGCCAAUCUUUUAGCAGCCGUCUCAAAACCUGCAACGUUCACGCCAAGUCUACUUCGUCCUCUAGACAUAGACUUGUUUGAAGAGCAUGACGUCAUUGGAGUGGAGACGGUGGAGAAUGAUAUCUUCGACAAGUUGAAGAGCAUUGACGAUUCUGAGUUGGAGUUUGCACCCAUCUUGAAGCAAGCGACAGCUCAGGGAAGAAAAAAAAUGGGGUGUGGGUUUUGCAGUGGAGACACACCAUGCCUAUGUUUUGAUGCAGACAAUAUCUUUGGAGAAAAAUAA